AUGCUCACAUCUACCCACCGCACUGUUACACAGACUCACAUCAACCCACCGCACUGUUAUAACAGACUCACAUCUACCCACCGCACUGAUACACCAGACUCACAUCUACCCACCGCACUGUUACACCAGAUACACAUUUACCCAACGCACCGUUACAACAGACUCACAUCUACCCACCUCACCGUUACAUCAGACUCAGAUCUACCCACCGCACUAUUAUACCAGACUCACAUCUACCCACCGCAUUGUUACACCAGACUCAGAUCUACCUACCGCAUUGUUACACCAGACUCACAUCUACCCACCGCACCGUUACACCAGACUCACAUCUACCCACCGCACCGUUACACCACAGUCACAUCUACCCACCGCACCGUUACACCAGACUCACAUCUACCCACCGCACCGUUACACCAGACUCACAUCUACCCACCGCACUGUUACACCAGACUCACAUUUACCCACCGCACCAUUACACCAGAAUCACAUCUACCUACCGCACAGUUACACCAGGUUCACAUCUACCCACCGCACUGUUACACCAGACUCACAUCUACCCACCGCACUGUUACACCAGAAUCACAUCUACCCACCACACCGUUAUAUCAAAGUCGUAUUAGAGAUUUAGGUUUACCUUUAGCUCAAAGCUAG